UUUUAUCGGUUGACCCAGCACGUGGGUUGUUUGUGCUUUGAACCUCAUCGUCACAUCGUCACCAGAGUCAAGCACAUCGAGAGCUCGUCACAGCAGAGAAACUGACUGCUCAUCGAAUAAAGGCGAAUAAAUAAUAAAAGAUCAAUGGAUAGCUUUGUCAUUAACACUUUGACAGACUGGCAGCUGACAGACCUUCUCGAAAGCUUUAAAGAGGAGGGGAUUGAUGAGGAGAGUUUUCUUCUUUUAGAUGAGGCUACAAUCAACCAGUUGAUCCCAAGAGCUGGCCCUCGGCUGAAGUUCCUAAAAAAAUUUAGAGGACUUGUAAGAUGACAUGAAACGCUAAUUUAUUCAGUUUUCCACACACGUUAUUAUUUCAGACGGAUUUUCUUUCGGAAUAUGGGUUAUACUUGCUUUAAGUGCAAAAGGCAAAUUUCAGGGGGUAUCAAGAGUCUUUUUAUGCAUUUACGUGCAGUACACCAUGUAAACUCAGCAUCAACAUAUUUCCAGUGCAGUGAAAGUGGUUGUGGUAGGACAUUUUCUUACAUAUGGUCUUUUAAAAGACACUUGGAAAAGGAUCAUAACGUUGUAAAUACUCUUGAUGACCCCUUUGAAGCCACACCUGUUGAUUUAAAUAAUGUUGAAAUGCUGAAUGCGGAUAUGGAGCCAGCACAGGGAGAUGAGGAAGUUGAGGAGGAUUGGGAUGAACUACAGCCAGAGUGCAUUACCAAUCGGGUGGCCCUCUUUUUAGCCCACCUUAAAUCUAAAUCUUCAAUGACAUACUCAAACUUAAACUUUGUAGUUCAGCAUACCUCCAGUUUAAUUAAUAAUAUUGUCAGCAGACUGCAAUCAAAGACUAUGUCUUUAUUUCGUCAGUUUGGUCUUGAUCAAAGCCCAGAGGUACAAGAGCUUGGGGUGGAGUUCACAGAAGCAGCUGAGCCUUUCAAAGAAUUGGCGACAGAUUAUAAACAGAUGAAGUAUUUUGCUAAAUCUGGAAACUUCAUUCAGCCAGUUGAGGAGAUUCUAUCUGGGGUUUCCUAUGUUCAGCCAAUGGCCUCUGCCACUGGAAUUGUUAGACAAGUUGCAGUUCCUGAUUCAUAUCACCGUAUUCCGUUAAAGAGCCUUUUGACCAAAAUUCUUGAAAUUCCUGGGAUUUUACAGGCCAUGUUGGAAUGGCAGCGCAGAGAGGGUGAUGCAAUUCAGGAUGUUUUUGAUGCAGAAUUUUGUAAAACACAUCCAUUGUUCCAGAGUGAGGUUUCAAUCCCACUUGUGAUUUACCAAGAUGAUUGUGAGAUAGUAAAUCCCCUUGGUUCUAAGACUGGGAUUCACAAGUUAGGACUAAUUUAUUUUAUCUUGAAGAGCUUGCCACCAGACCUGCUAUCAAGUUUGCAGUCACAGUUCCUAUUAGCAGUGUACAAAUCUGAUGAUGUAGCAACCUAUGGCCUUGAUGCAAUCCUGCGCCCUAUCGUGGAUGAGAUCAGAUGUCUAGAGAGUGAAGGCAUCUUUGUUAAUACCCCCAACUAUCAAGGUGUUGUCAAGUUCACAGUGAUCCAGGUAGUUGGAGACAAUUUAGGCUUGCAUACCGUUCUUGGCUACAUUGAAAGCUUCAGUGGAAACUAUGUGUGUCGCUUCUGCAAAGCAGAUAAAAGGGGUGUGAGGUAUCUAACGCUGGAAGAUCCUGCACUGUUGCGUGAUCGCAAUAGUUAUGAGGCAGAUUUGCGUACAGCUGACUCCUCCCAGACAGGUUUGAAAAGAGACAGUGUCUUGAACAACUUGUCUUUUUAUCAUGUAUCAGACAAUGUGGCAGUUGACAUCAUGCAUGAUGUACUGGAAGGGGUGGGGCCCUAUGAAGUCAAACUUGUGUUGAAUUCACUUAUUGAGCAAAAGUAUCUCACACUAGAAAAGCUCAAUUACAGAAUAACAAGCUUUGACUAUGGAUUUUGUGAUAAGGGUAACAAACCUAGUGUCAUAAGCAAUCUCAGAAACCCUGAAGCCCCCAUGCGGCAGUCAGAAUAG